GUGACGUCAUUGGCGCGCGGGAAAUCCAAGAGCGGCAAUUGGCCAAGAAACGGACCCCGCGAGGAGCGGAACGGAACGCCACGCGGCUCGUGUACCACUCCGGCGGCUUUUCUAAAGCGGACACAUACACUCUCAUAGAGUGAAGAUGUUGACGGUGGGCUUCAGCAGUGACUAUUUCCGGCUUUGAUUGGGUCCUAAAGAGGAAGAAGGGACUGCGCCGGACAUGGCAACGAGAGCUGCUGUGGUGACAGCGCGGCGUUUAGUCAGAGCGGCCUCUUUCGCCAGGAGCCGGCUCUUCUUCGAGGCCCCGCGGAGUCGAGGCGGAAGCAAGGUACUUGAGAAAUCCAGAUUUUUCAGAAGGGGACUUGCAUUCUCAUUGUUUCCUUACUUUGGCUAUGAAACGUACUUAUUGAUAUCUCAGUCUUCUGUGGUUCAUGCUAAAACGCAAGUUGAUGAAAUUCUAGAUCAAGCAGACUAUCUAUAUGGGAGUGGGGAAACCGAAAAACUUUUUCAGUUACUGGAUCAACACAAAAACAGUGAGAAUGCACAAGUGCUAUGGCGUCUGGCUCGAGCAUUGCGUGACUUGGCUCAGCUUAGUCACACUCCCGAAGAAAAGAAGAAGCAGCUGACUUAUGAAGCCCUUGAGUAUGCAAAGAAGGCGCUUGAGAGAGACCCAUCAUGUUUUAGUGUGCACAAGUGGUAUGCAAUCUGCAUCAGUGAUGUAGGAGAUUAUGAAGGAAUAAAGACAAAAAUUGCCAAUGCUUUUGUUAUCAAGGAACAUUUCCAGAAAGCAAUUGACCUGAAUCCAAAGGAUGCUACAUCCCUUCAUCUUAUGGGAAUUUGGUGUUACACUUUUGCUGAAAUGCCAUGGUAUCAGCGCAGAAUAGCUGCUGUUUUAUUUUCAACACCACCCAGCUCCACCUACGAAGAGGCUUUACGUUACUUUCAAAAAGCCGAAGAUGUUGAGCCGAAUUUCUAUAGUAAAAACUUGCUCUUUUUGGGAAAAACGUACAUGAAAUUAAACAACAAAAAGAUGGCUCUUUUGUGGUUAACAAAGGCUAAAGAACGAGUAUCACACACAGAGGAGGAUAAGCAAGUACAAAAGGAAGCUUUGGAAAUUCUCAAUUCUAUGUGACUACCAUUCUCUGAUCAGAGCAAUAAUGUUAACCUUUGACUUGGAUGAUCUGACUACAAGAAAAAGGCUGCAUUUCUGAUGGGCAGCAUUGACAUUCAGAGGGUUGGACGAGAGUACUGGAGAAAUGCAGAGAAAUCCUGAUGCAGCAUGCCUGCAGUAAACAAUACAAUGCUUGAAUUGAGAAAGACUUUAGCUAAUAUUACAGUAGCCAUGUCUACAACAGGCAGGCCUCCAGAAGUCCCUGCUGAUCAUAUGUGAACAGCAAAACAGAAAGCAGGGGAGAACAAAUAAGCCUGCCUUACCAGCUAUCCCCAGCAAUUAAAAAAAAAUUCUAGAUUCGGAAAUGUCGCCACCAACAUAGAAAUCAUGAAAAGUAGAAAAUGUGAUGAGUAAUAAUAAUUCAUUGCUGCUCUUUGGAAUAAUUUUUUCAGGGGUCUCCAGAAGGUCCAAAAUAUUACUUAUGCAAGGUUUAACUGGUCUGGUUGUUUCGUUUUGCAAAUGAAAAGUGUAUGUGGUUAGGGAAGUCAAAUUCUGUUCUUUGAUGUCAGCACCUGUCCCUAUUCCUUUUAUGUGGUUUUUCACCUUUUAUGUGGUACUAUCUUUGUUGUUAUUAAAGAAAUAAGACCCACAAA